ACAAAACUCAUCCUCCUCCUCCUUCGCGCCAUCUCAUACCACCCCAAAACACCAAACACCCAAACCCUCCCCAUGCUCUCCUCUUCAUCACCCUCAAUCCCAAAAUUCCUCCUCCGUUCAUUUCCUCCGUCAACCCUCUCCCAAGCCCUAGAAACCCAAAUCGAAACCUUCGCCCACCGCCUCCAAACCUGCGCCCGAUCCUCCAACCUCCUCAUCGGCGCCACCAUCCAUGCCCACCUCCUAAAACUCCCCCUGCUCUCCUCCUCCCUCUUCCUCCAAAACCACCUCCUCAAUAUGUACUUCAAGUGUUCUCCAAACCUUAGUCAGCCCCUCCAACUGUUCGAUGAAAUGCCCCAACGAAACCUCGUCUCUUGGUCCGCUUCUAUCGCGGGCCUCGUCCAAGCCCACCACCCCUACGCCGCGAUUUCGCUAUUUAUUCGCAUGUACCAGUCUGGAUUGUGGCCCAAUGAGUUCACACUCGUCAGUGCUCUGCAUGCCAGCUCGCUCAUUGAUGACCUUAAUUGUGCUAGACAUGUGUUUGCCCAAGUUGUUAAGCUUGGGUUUGAGUCGAAUGUGUUCUUGUGCAAUGCUUUUCUCAUGGGUUUGAUAAGGAACCGGAGGCUGGAGGAUGCGGUUGAGUUUUUCGAAAAGUGUGGGGUUAAGGAUGUUGUUUCUUGGAAUUCGAUGAUUGCGGGUUUUUUGGAGCUUGAUUGUUUGAGAGUCUGGGGGUUUUGGUGUAGGAUGAUGAGAGAAGGCGUGGACCCUGAUGAGUACUCGUUUAGUAGCGUGUUGACCGGGUUAGCGAUAGCUUCCUCUAGUUUGGUUAGCGGAACACUAGUGCAUGCACAAAUUUUGAAGUGUGGAUUUAUGGAAGAUAUUUGUGUUGGCAAUUCUUUGGUAGAUAUGUACUUAAAGAAUAGGAAUUUGGAUUGCGGGUUUAGAGCAUUUGAUGAAAUGACAUUGAGAGAUGUUGUUUCAUGGACCCAGAUGGCAGCUGGGUGCCUAGAUUGCGGUCAGCCCACGAAAGCGCUUGAUAUUGUUACUCGAAUGAAGCUGGUAGGCAUAAUGCCUAAUAAGUUCACUAUGGCUACUGCAUUGAAUGCAUGCUCAAACUUAGCUUCAAUCGAAGAGGGAAGAAAGGCUCAUGGAUUUAGGGUUAAACUAGGAAAUGACGUGGAUGUAUGUGUCGAUAACGCACUUAUUGACAUGUAUGCAAAAUGUGGAUCCAUGGAAGAAGCAACAAAGGUGUUUCGAGAAAUGAAAGAGAGAUGCAAUGUUUCAUGGACUACAUUGAUCAAAGGAUCUGCUGAAAAUGGACUUAUUCAAGAAUCACUCGAUGUUUUUGAUCAGAUGAUCUCGGAGCAAGUUGAACCAAACCAUAUAACGUUCAUUUGCAUUUUAUACGCUUGUAGCCAAGGAGGGUUUAUAGACGAAGGAUGGAGAUAUUUCAAAUCCAUGAAAGAUGAUUUUGGUAUAGACCCAGGCGAAGAUCACUAUGCUUGUAUGGUUGAUUUGCUCGGUAAGGCAGGGGAAAUUGAAGAAGCAGAAUCUUUGAUACUAAGCAUGCCUUUUCGAGCUGGGGUUUUAGUGUGGCAGACUUUACUUGCUGCUUGUAAGGUUCACGGAGAUGUGGAGACCGGGAAGAGAGCAGCAGAGAAAGCUCUUGCAUUGGAGAACAAUGAUCCUUCGACAUAUGUUCUUUUGUCGAACAUUUAUGCUGAUAAGAGAAAUUGGGAUGGAGUGGAUAGGGUUAGAGAGCUUAUGGGAGACAGAGAAGUGAAGAAAACGCCAGGGUCUAGUUGGAUUCGAGAUCUCAAAGGGUGACUGAUUUUCGACACUACAACGAUAUUGAUAUAAAGUACAUAGGACUGUCACAGGAUUUUCUUUGUUAUACGUUGGAUGAUGUGGUCGCCAAAGAUAUGGAAAGCGAUUGUGUUUGGAUUGCAGUUGAGGCUUUCUUGUAGUUCAAUUAUAUGGAGUGAAAAGAGUGUUCAUUGAGAAUGGACGCACUUAUCAUAUUUUGGUAGGAUCACUGGAUCGGAGACUGAUAGUAGUUGGGCACUAAUAGCAGAUUGUGCGUUCCUCGUUCGACCCCCCUGGUCACUUCCUGAGGGAAAUCGGCACGUAUCCAUGGUCACUCUCAAAUUUGGUGUCAGGUAUACAUUUACGUCUUUCAUAUCUCGACUAUCCACUGACUGGAGAUCGAUAGAACAAAAAUGAGGACUUGAGUAGGACUUCUGGCGUCCUUCUGCAGUCAACUUAGACCAUAACGUUCCUGCAAGGGCACAAUUCGGCUAAACCAUGUCUUGUUCCUUUGUUAUUUUAACACAUAAGAGUUAUUGUGUUGUUGAAGAAAACCACAAGUCUAGACAAGAGAGGGAUCUGCCAGUAUACGGCCAGAUAUCGGUAAAGACGUUGGGUACUGGUAAAGCAUUUGCGAUACAAUUCAGGCAUCUUUGGGAUAUGUUUUUAGCUGACAUAUGCGGAGAAACUAGCAAGUGCUGUGCAUCACCUGAAAACAGUCAUCUGAUAGUAGUCUGAAGAAAGAGAAAAACACCCCAUACUGUCUUGUGGAUUCUCUUAACAUUAAAUAGUUUAGGGUGCUGUAAGGUGAAUGUUUUCAGCAGUUAACGAGGAAUCCAAGUAUAUAAAUUUC